CUUGUAUUUGUUCAUCUGUUUCUGAAUGGCUACUUAUGAAAGUACGAUUGUUCAUUAACUUGACCUACCUCACUCUCAAAAUCCACCCAUCACAUCAAGAGGACAAAAUGCCUCUUGCAGUAGUCAGAACUAACCUUAAUAAGACAGCAACUCCGAAGAGUUUCUUGGCAGAUUUUACAGAUUUUAUCGUAAAGACGUUAGGAUGCGACGAAAAGUACACAAUGAUCGAAAUGCACACUGAUGUCCCAAUGAUGCGGGCCGGAACUACAGCACCUAUGUUAAAUCUUGACAUACAUCACGCAGAUGAUCAAGUUACAGACGAUACCAAGCGGGAACUAGCUGCGAAAUUUGCUGAAUUCCUUGUCUCACAAGUUGAAGUACCAAUUGAUAGAAUUUUGGUACUAUUCUUUGACAGUCGACAGUGCACAUCCAUCCAUUCCAUUACGUCGCUGUAAUACAUUGGAGAGACAGUCUUUAUCAAACCAUAUACAUAAAUAUAUAUAUUGCCGGUCAAUCACUAUGUGGAAAAUGGUAAAAACGCUAUUAGGACAUAUAAUUAUUUUUACCUAUUGAUUACUUAAAAAUAGUCUCAGGAGAAUUUGCGAACCAUUUUGUCAUUUUAAACGUAUGUGAAUGACACGGCAGAUACGGCAGAAGGAUGGAGUCAAGGGACCAUACAAUACUUGCCCAUAAAUAAUAUUUAACUUCCUAAUAUCGCAAUAAUUUGGAUAAUAUAUGAAAUAUAUGAACGGGUUACAAUCACGCCAUGUUCUCCUGGUGUUGUGUUAACAUAGGACACAAGCCAAAAUAUGUUAUUUUGUAACAAAUUAUAUUGCUUGAUUCUAUUUUGACAAUACUCUGCUUAAGAAAC